AUGCCUGGUUUGGAUGAGGAUCAAUACUUGAAGAUGUUUAUGCAUUAUGCAUUGGAUGGUACAAGUUGUGCUCAUGAAGAAUUUAUCUCAGUUGGGAGAGAGAUUGCCAAAAGGCUACACCAAUCACCUAUUGCAGCAGUAAUAGUUGCAGGACGGCUUGGGGCAAACCCAAAUAUCAGUUUUUGGAAAAAUGUUGCAAAGCUUGACAUGUUGAAUGACACCAUGGAUGCUCUUUGGUGGAGCUAUAAGCAGCUUAAUCCAGACAUCAGGCGAUGCUUUGAAUUCUGCAAUAUUUUCCCCAGAAGAUUCAAACUGGAAAAAGACCAAUUAGUCCACCUGUGGAUAGCACAAGGGUUUGUAAAGACUAGUUGUGCAGUAGAGGAGAUGGAAGAUGUAGCCGAGGGCUACAUUCAUGAGUUAGUGUCAUGCUCAUUUCUGCAACCAGAAGUAGAUGAUUUCUCUGAAGAAGAAUACUUUACAAUUCAUGAUCUGCUGCAUGACUUAUUAGCCAAGGUUGCUGGAAGUGAUUGCUUCAGAAUUGAGAAUGCAAGGGGCCAUGGAGGAGAAGGCUGGAAGGGAGAUGUCCCUCGAGAUGUCCGACAUCUUUUUGUUCAGAAUUAUGAUGGAGAAUUGAUUACUAAGAAGAUCCUUGGAUUGGACAAUUUAUGGACUCUCAUCAUUGAUGUUGUUGAAGAGGAUACACCAGUUGAGGAAAAAGUCAUUGAGAUUAUAUGCAAGAAGCUGCCAAAACUGCGGGUACUAGCCGUUGCUUUCAGCAAGAAACAUCAUGGAAUCAGGAAACCCAAUAAGUUCUCGGUCCCAACAUCUAUUGCUCAGUUAAAGCACCUACGCUAUCUUGCUUUCAGGACAUACCACUCAUGCUUUGUAACUUUACCAAGAACACUAACUAAACUUCACCAUAUCCAGCUGCUAGAUUUUUACGAGGGCCUAAUGUUGGAAUUCCCCUUUGCUGACGUUGUCAACUUGCGGCACAUGUUCUGCAUGCCAUACUUGAGAUCCCCUAACUUGGGCAAGCUGAUCUCACUCCAAACGCUACCAUGCUUCAUAGUAAGGAAUCAAAAACUUCGUGGACUGUUGAUCAGAGGCCUUGAAAGUGUUAAAAGCAAGGAGGAAGCUCUUGAAGCCAAUCUAGCUGCCAAGGAACAGCUCACAGAACUGAAGUUGGUAUGGUUUGGUGAUAAUGAUACAAGGUGCAGUCCAGAAGUUGAAGCAGAGGUACUUGAGGGCCUGUGCCCUCCCGUGGGGCUUCAAAAACUUCAUAUAUUUGGAUACAAAGGUUCAAGGUACCCAGAUUGGAUGGUGCGUAAGCAGAGCGGUGGCCCAGAGGGCCUAGGAAAUCUUUAUCUCAUAAGAUGCAACCAACUGGUACCUAGUCUUCAAUUUGAAGCCUUCCCUCAUCUUCGUGUGCUCCAGAUUUCGUUCUGCAGCUGGGACUCGUUACUGGGCAACAUGGAGCACCUGACGUUACUCAAGAAACUGGAUAUCGUGGGAUGUGAGAAUAUCCGGUCUCUUCCAACACUGCCCCAGUCUAUUGAGAAAUUGUAUCUUGCUGAGUGCAACAAUGAGUUGAUGAAGUCUUGUCAAAGAGUGGGACAUCCAAACUGGCAAAAGAUUGAGCACAUCCCCAUGAAAAUUAUUGGGUGA